AUGCAGACAAGAGAAGACCUUCUGAUCUGCGCGGCUUGCGGGACACAGUUCGAUGUGCCAGCCGAUCCACCAUUGAAAGCAUGCCGCAUUUGCGAUGACCCUCGCCAAUUCGUCCCACCUACCGGUCAGUCAUGGACAAGUCUCGCCCAGAUGCGUGGCAAGUACCGGAACACAUUCAAGCAGGACGAUAUCGAGCCACCGAUGACUUCCAUUUGCACCGAGCCCAAAUUCGCCAUUGGUCAAAGGUGUAUACUUCUGAAGACAUCGGCCGGCAACGUACUCUGGGACUGUCUCGCGUGUCUGGACCAGGAGACUGUGGACUUCAUCAUGUCGAAGGGAGGCUUGAAAGCCAUUGUUAUCUCGCAUCCUCACUACUACAUAACACAUCUUGAUUGGGUGAAGACGUUCGACCGUCCUGUAUACUUUGCAAAGGAUGAUGAGGAGUGGGUCAAUCAGCCAGAUCCUGAGGGUAGACGGAAGCUGUUCACGGACGUUAGCAAGGAGAUCGUGAACGAUGUCGUUGCCAUCAAGACCGGCGGUCACUUCCCCGGCAGCUUAUGUCUACUCUGGGACAGGAAGUUGUUUGUUGCAGAUACUCUAGUCACAGUCCCGUCCGCUUUAUAUCACGUCGACCGACCGCCAGGCACGACUUCGUAUGCCUUCAUGUGGUCCAUGCCAAACAUGAUACCACUACCACCGAAAGAGAUUCUCAAGAUGUGGCAAGCCCUCAAGCCAUUCCACUUCGAGAGCACCCACGGAGCAUUCGUUGGGACGGAAGUCAGAGAUAAGAAUGCGAAAGGCCGAGUACUCGAGAGCAUGAAAAUCCAAGCGAGAAACGAGGGUUGGGAUGAUGUUGCCAUUGUACACGAGUCGCUCUAG